UGAAACUAACAGAUGAAGAUAUUCCCAAGAUAACAGAACUGUAAAAAUAUAUAAAAGUUAUUCCUGAUUUUUUUUCUACGUCUGCAAGUGUUGUCUCUUAAGUGAAAUAUGCGGCUUCUAAUAUUGGGGUUAUUAAUUGUUGUGUCCUUGGCUGCUGCUGAGAACAAGAGGUGUCGUUCAUCCGAAGAUUGCGCAGACGAUGAAUGUUGCAUUGCAAGGUCAUUCUUGGGAUUCCGAAAAGGCGAUUGUAGAAAAUUAGCUCAAAAAGGGGACAGCUGCAGUGAAGAUGAUGAAUCAAUUGGAUUCCUUCACGAACAAUAUAUAGGACACUGCCCCUGCGAUCUAGGUUUGUCUUGUCAGCCUACGCAAGUGAAAGAUUUGCCAUUUAUUGGAACAGUCAGAUAUGAAGAAAAAUGUGUGGAAGAUGUUUCUACAACAACCGCAGCUGAACCUGAGACAUAAGCACCAGAGGAGGAAACCGAUGCUCUUGCAGAACAUAAUUCGAUUUAUGGCAAAUAAAUGAAAGAUUAGAUGUAAAUUCUGCAAUAAAAAAAAUUCUGCAAUGUG